AUUUGUUGUCCUUAGUUGAGCGGCAAACUUCAAUGGAGUUUGUUUACUGUGGCACGUGCCAAAUUAAUUUCAAUUAAUACAGGUGAAUCGGAUUAAGUUAGGCGUAAUGUUUUCUUAAAAUUUCAACAAACAUUUGAAUGGAAUAGAAACAUGAAAAUUUGGAUGUGUAGAUUUAACAUUCACAGAUAAUAUUUAAACCUUAAAAAUAAUUAAUGAAAUAAAUAUUAGGAGCUAUAGUAAUGUUCAGUCAGCUGAGUAAAGGAUAUGGGUCGUGGACAGCUGGAUAUGUUGAUCCAUAUUUUGGAGAGAAAAAGGCACAUGACCACCAUGAAUUCUCCUUCCCAGAAAUAGAUCAUGAGUCACACAUUCAUGGGAUCACAGUUGGUUCCCGCUCUGGCAGAUCCACUGCCAUGUCCUGGGCUACAGCCAAACGCAGCCGUGAGCCAACACUGGAUGGCAUACCGCUUCCAAAAACAUAUACAACUAGAAAAGGUGCACUUCAGCUUUACGUUGGACCUGAUGAUUUGGAAGAUGAUGAUGAAGAUGAUGAUAAUGAUGUAAAAGAAGAUGGUUACGCUUUAAAGCCAAAAUAUGUUGAGAUAAAAAGGCCUAAUGGGCAAGAACUUAUUGACUUGAGUUUGAAACUUGGAACAAUGGAACGUCUAGCAAUGUCUGUACUACAAUUUGGUGACCAGGAUUAUGACCAUGAACACACCAGUGUCUCUGAUGCCAAGAAUAAAGCUUUCCUGAAGUUCCUACACAAAGUAGACGAAGGAUUUGAGACCACUGGCAUCGACUCUAAUGUACAGCCUGGUGGAGAUUUAAACAACUACCUCAGGGAUCUUAAAUCUAGUGCUAGCAAUCACUCGGGCAAUAUGCGUGUCUCCAAGAGUCGAGAAUCGCUGGAAUUGCAAGCAAUUCUAAGAGGGCUUGAUAAUAACACCAACUGGCCAAUGUCAUAUUCGCAAGAUGGAGGGAGUGACCGUCAGAGUGUUGGUCAGUUCACGCGCCCAGUUUCGAGAGUCUCUUCACGUGGACCUUCACCAGGUUACCGAUAUUGUUUAUUGAGGAAACGAUAUUUUUUAGUACGACCUCCAUCAACACCACGAUCCACAUACCAAGUGUUGUCAGCCAAGAAACUUUGUGCCUCUAUCAAAUCAGGGAGUUACUUAGGACGUCCUUCUUCAAGGGUUUCAGUGAAUGAUGAUGAAAUAUUGGAAGGUGAUGCCAGAGGUCAUAUUACCUCAGCUUCUAUCACCAGACCCGUGUGGACACCUGCGGAAUCAAUGGAUGAUUUCCUUACUGAGUCACGUGAUGGCUUUUAUAGGGGAGAGGAAGACACAGACUCUGAUGGAGGAAAACGUAGGGGGUUGAAAGAGCGCUCAUUUCUUACUAAUAACUCUCAAUUAUAUAAAGGUAGAAUUGCACGCAAAGGUGAAGGUCAGCGUGCAGGUGAGGGGAAGGUCAGUUCUAAAGGUGAUGGUGAUUCUUUAAGUCAAAGAAUGACACAAAUAGAGGAGGAAUUAGGGGAAAGUACUAACAUUAAAAGACAAAAUUCAGAAAACGAUCUAAGCAGUAGGUCCUCACAUUCUACAAUAAGUGAAUUUGAACAUGAAAAUGACAAUUCCAACUGGGCACAUAAUGUAUCCAGAACAAAACUUUUAAUAAAUUAUGAGCAAGAUCCUGAUGAAGGGAUACAUGAAUCAGACAGAUCAGAUAUCAUUGAUGUUGAAAUAGAUGAAAAAGAUCCAAAAGAGAAAGUGGAGGUUAAGGUCAGUUCAAGACCGAGUAGUUGUAAAUCUGACAGUUCCUAUUCAGGUUCCACAAGCACACAUACACCAAGCAUCAUUACUUUACAGUCGAUUAAUUCACCUAAAAAGACAAAUGCUAGUCAUGAAAACUUUAGAGGCCUUUACAAAAGAAGGAAUACGUUUGCAUAUGAUCCUACAAAGGGUUUGGUAAGAAAUUAUCAUGGUUUGAGGCGUAAGUCUGAAAAUAAUGUUCAUAUGAAAAAGAAUGGAAAUUUUAAUACUUCACAGCAUGAGAAUUCUCAGGUUUCCCAAGGUGCUAAUAGAUACAAUAAAAGUUCAGGCUUUCUUCAUCCUACUUGGACAGCUUAUAAUAAUGAUAAUGCACACUGGUCUGUUAAUUCAGACAAGGAUUCUAACUGGCCAGUUGAUAAUGAAAUGCCUGAAAUAGAUAGUUUUGCUGAAAAUGAUCACAAUACAAAGAAAGAGUUUAACAAGAUAUCUGAGUCUGAUUCUGCAGGUUUGAGACAACACAUUGAUGAUGGCAAUGUUGAAACAGCUGUGAUAGACCAGGAAGAGUAUAUUUUAGAUAAUAUUGCAGCAUGUAAUGAAGAAGUUAAACAAAUUGAAGAACAGGCUACAGGUAAUGACUCUGAUUCUGACUCUGGGUCGUCAAUGGAUGAGGAGCUUAUCAAAGUUAUACUCACUGGUCAAACUGAAAAGGAGGUCUUGAAAGCAGAAAAUGAACAAGAGGUUAGGGAAGAAGUAGGAAUAAAAGAAAUUGAAAAAGAAGAAAUAGAUAUUAUGGAGGAGGUUGAAGAACAAACAGAGAAUAUGGAUGAGGUUGUGGGAGGCACUGAAGAUAGCCUAGACACAGAAACACAGGGGGAUAUAGAACAAGUUAAAUCUAAAGAAGAAAGUGACAAAGGACUUGAAGGAAAUGGCACUGAAGAAAUAGAAGAAGAAGUAGAAGACUCAGGUACCAGUAUAACUCAACAUGCAGAUGAAGCAGAACUGGAGGUUGUUGGUAAUGAAGAGGCAAAUGUUUUAGAGGAUAUAAAACAAGAAAUAAAGGAUGAAACAGUUGAUGAGGAGAACACGUCAGAUGUUAGGUCUAACAGAUCCGGCAGAAAAUCACGAUCAAAGAGAUCAAAGUCAGGACUUGGUUCAGGCAUUGGUUCAGGCAUUGGUUCAGAAGAAAAUGAUGAUACAGUCUCUGCCAUUGAGUUUGCAUUACCUUCAGGGACUGACUACACAUUACCUUCCCUUGAUUCAGACAGACUACUCGCUAAAACAGAUGGUAGCAACAAAGAGGUUCAGCAGACUAUAAAUGACGAACAGACUGGUUUUAGUGGUUCUACUGGCUCUUACUCUGACAUUUUAGCUUCAAAUUCAAAUUCUAGGCCAGCAACUGCUACCCAGUCUAGGCCUGCUUCUUCUCUAAAACUCUCUAGGCCAACUUCAGCUUCAGCUAGGCCUUUGUCUGCAACGGAACAUGAAAGAGAUCAAGAUAAAACUGUUGUAGGAGGUAACCAGGAUGUUAGUAAAGAUGCAGAAAUAGCUGUAAGUAACAAAGAUGACAAUGAUGUUGCUUUAAAAACUGGAUCUAUUCAAAAUGAAAGUGAGACUACUAAAACAGGGGAAAGGAAUUUAGAGAAAACUGAUACUGUUAAACAGCCAGACAAGCUUGCUAAUAAUGAUUAUCUAAGAAAACCUCCAGACAUUGGAAGAAAUGACAAAGACAAAACGUUUGCUGUGGAAGGUAAAGACAAAGAUGACAUGUCUAAGAAAAACCACAAAUCUGGUGAAUUAGAUGCUCCUAAACUAAACCUAAAGAAACAGUCAGAUGAGAAAAGACCCCAGCCAGUUCCAAAAACUGGGAAAAGUAACAAUGAAAGGAAGACUGUAGGGAAACAUAUUACCCCCGGAAGAGGUGUGCCACCAAAGCUACCAAAGCCUGAUCACAAAUCUAAACAGAAAGAAAAUGAAAAACAAAAAGAUGAUAAUGUAGAUGUUUCUUCAAAGGAAACUCUUGAUAAAACUGUAGUAGAAGGUGAAGGGUUGUUAGAGACUGUUUCUGAACAUGUUAGUAAGUUAGAUAAAGUCUCUGGUGAUGGGAACAUGGAAGCUGAUGUUGAUGUAUCUGCUGUUAUGGAUGGUCAUGAUAUCACAGACUCAAUUGCUGGUUCAACAGAUGCUCAUUCAAUUGCAGCAGAGCUAGAUGCACUCGGACUCAGAAAGAAAAGUAAGGGGGAUCUCACCUACCCAUUAUUACCACCUGGAAAACGACCAAAAGCUCCAGCGGAAAAAGCCAAGAUUCCGGAUCAUAUUGCGGAGGCGCUGAAUAGACAGACAGAUGCUUCUAUGGAAUAUCUGGAACAAGAUCUUGAAAGAAGAGGAUUUUUGAAAGAUGGGAAAGUGACAGCUCUGGUUGGAGAGAGCCUUUCCGGACCGACCCUCGAGGCUGUAGGUGAGGGGUUAACAGAGGAGGAGCUUGAGCUGGCCAAGCAAAUUCUUCAGCAAAAAUUAGAUGAGGCAAAAGGUAAACUGGAUGGAAAGCCUGUAACAAAGGGCAAGGCUAAGAAACCAGCGGGUAAACUUCCCAAAAAAGGAGCCAAGAAGCCUGGGAAGGGCAAGCAGGUGGUUGAGGAGAAAUCUCCGGAGGAAUUAGAUAGGGAGGCAAUAAGAGAGAAACAUGAACAAGAGAAAAAGAACCUUGAAUACCUGAAGAUACGUGAACAAGAGGCUGCUGAGCUGCAGAAAAAGAUAGCAGAGAAACAACGAAUGCUGAAAGAACAAAAUGAUUUGACCAGCGCUAGAUCAAAGGAGCUACAAGAAGAGAUGGAGAGGUUGGAGAGAGAGGCAGAGGCAAUACAGAGAGCUGAAGAUGAGGCAAGAGAAAUUCUUGCAGAUGUACGCAAAAAACAGAGAGAGGAACGAGAGGCUAGAAGAAAAGCUGAUUUAGAACGUAAGAAGCAAGAAGCAUUGGAAAGGAGGGAACGAGAGAAGAAAGAAAUGGAGGACAAAAGACGUAAAGAGAUGGAAAUGAUGGAAAAGAUAGCUGAUGCUGAAAUGAGGAGGAGAAUGAGAGAAGAGGAAGAACGAAGAAUAUAUGAAGAAGAACGCCUUGCACAAGAGAGAUAUGAGGAGGAGUUGAGGGAAGCACAAAGGUUGGAGGAGGAGGAGGAAGAAAGAUUGAAGGAGAUGGAGAGACAAGCAGAGGAGGAGGCAAUGCAGAGGCUCAUUGAGGAGAGGGAGGCCGCUGAGAGAGAACGACGAAGACUCCGAGAAGAGGAAGAGGCACUGCGUGAUGCUGAAAACUUAAGAAGACUUGCAAUGGAGGUGGAACAGAGCAAGUUAGAGGAGGAGAGAAGAAAAAUGCAGGAAGCUGAGGAGGCCAAGAGAGAGGCCGAGAGACAACGAUUGUUAGAGCUUCGUCAACUGGAGCAGGAGGCCAGGAUCAAAAUGCAAGAAGAGAUAGAGAAGAGACGUACAGAUGCCCUGGCCAGACGUGACUAUAAUCUAGAGAAUAGAUUGCAUGUAGACAAACUGAGACACGGUCAGGGCCUCACUAGAGCAUGGACAUUCUCAUACUUUGUUCACUGGCCAAGAGAAACUUAUGAAAGCCAAGCAAGGCGUAGACUAACAAGGAGAGAUAGACCAAUUGGAGCAGGAGAUCCCCGCAAGGUAGUUAAAAUAAACAAUCCAAAACCUAAAAAGGCAGAUCCAUUACCAGAGUCUGGAGAGGCACCACAAGCGGCUGUACCAUGAUAAACCAGACAUAGUUUACCAUGAUCAACCUUAGACAAUGUACGUCGUGUACAACAUAAUAUAUACUAUAUAAUUUACUACCAGAUAGAUUCAUCUGGCAAAAUAAUAUUUAUAGAAAAUGCACUUAUUUCUCCAAAUGCAUAACUUUAUGAAAACUUAGACAGAUGAUUAUAUUAGAAUUUAAAAAUGACAUUUUUUAAGGGGAGAAGCAACAUUGUUCCAGUGCCGUCUAAUGAUUCAUGCCAGUGAAAAAAAAAAUCGGCUUUGUCAGCAUUUCAACAGAAUGUAACAUAAAACAGAAAUGUGAAAAGCAAUAUUUCUAUUUUUGCUAUUAAGUACAAAAGAAAGAAUCAUGCUUUUAUCUAAAACUAAAUGCCUUUAAUAUAACUUUAGCUUAUAUUUAGCCUUCCUUUUCUUUCAAGUUCUCCUACAUAAAUGUCAGUGUACAAGUGAAGAACAAAUCUUUCUCUUUUUUAUGCCCCCAGCAUCUACUGAUGUGGGAGGCAUAUAGUGAUUGUUUUGUCAGUUCGUUCUUGGGUUGCUUUAUAUGGGCCAUCUCUUGGUUAACCAAAUGGGACCGUUUCGUCUAGCAUCAAUACCCCUUACAAGAAUGAAUUGACAUUAAUGCAAAUGUAACCUGUGACCAUUCCUAAUCUUCAGACAUCACUUGACCUCGGUUUGACCUUGACCUCAUUUUGGACUUGCGUUGCUUUAUAUGGGCCAUCUCUUGGUUAACCAAAUGGGAUCGUUUCGUCUAGCAUCAAUACCCCUUACAAGAAUGAAUUGAUACUAAUGCAGAUGUAACCUGUGACCAUUCCUCAUCUUCAGACAUCACCUGACCUCAGUUUGACCUUAAAAUUGACCUCGUUUUGGACUUGGGUUGCUUUGUAUCUACAAGGAUGCCACCGGGGGCAUCAAGCGUUUAUUGAAUGCAGCUUCUUGUUUAGACAUAUUUUGGGCUGUUUUAUGUACAUUUAUUACAGUGUCCUUAAAAUUUAUGUUUCUUUUGUCCUUAUAUUGAAUGUUAUUUUGACAUGUCAAUUUUAUAACAAAUAUGAAUGUUUUGAAAAUUUUGGGUGCAAAUAUUUAUAUUAUUUUGAGUAAGUGUUUCUUGGUGUUUGCCUUUUCUCAAGUCCUAAAAUUUGCAAUAAUACAUUUAUUUGCUCAUUUCAUAUUGCACAUAUCUUUAUAUACAUGAAAGCUAUGAUAGUUCUACAAAUCACAAUUUUACAUAAAAUUGAUAGAUUUAUGGUUAAAUGCUUUUCUAAAACUCAACUUAUGAUGUUCCUAUUAUUAUGCAACCAUGUAUUGAUUACAGUCAUUUUUCGUAAGGUUUUUCAGCAGUUAAGAGUUUUUACAAACAGUUUAACUUCUGACAAGGGACACCUUGAAAUAGCAAACACCUCUUCAUAAAGACAUAUUUUGUUUCUCAUUAGGUGAGAGUCUUAGUAAAUCAGACUCUACAUUGUAAUGGAAGACGUUUUGUUAAGCUGUGACAGAUAUUUUUACAUGGCUAGGCUUAUACUGUGAUAAUAAUUUAACUAGGGUAAAUUUGUAAACAGCUGUGAUAGUUAAGAUGUUACUUAAUGUGAUACUUAUUAAAGAUCCUCAUACGUUUUAUUUGAUUUUAGGGUAAAAUAGGUUUAGGUAAGAGAUCACCACUUCUAUCUGCACACAGUUUCCACUCAAGAAGUACUGGGAAUAAAGUAAGGAUUGAUUCAUUCUGAUUUGUCAGAUGUCUAUAAAGUCAAAGAAUGAAAAUUAAUCCAAAGAUUAAUUUUCAUAACAAGGAAUUGCUUAUGUUCAAGUCAUAAUAUUCUUAAUAAAGUUCUGUUCUUGUUUCCAUGCAGUAGGGAAUACCGCAUUUGGACAAAUUUUCCUACAGCUUUAUGGGUCUUGAAAAAACUACAAGAUUCUCCCAAUCUUGUCAUCAGGGAAUACACUAGGGUUCCAAUCAUUCACGCAAAAAUACAAAACUCCACAACUUUAUUAGAUUUCCUUUUUCUGUAUUUUAUUAUUAUUAUGACCAUUUUGAAAAAAUGUGAGUAGAUACACAGGUUUUAAUUUUGGAAAGCUCAGUGUCUAUUUACAAUGUCAUCUUGACACAAUUUUAUAGCUGUUUUCAAU